AGUGGAAUGAACUGCAAGGAUUCUGCUUCCCUGCAACAUAAAUGGUUGCUGAAGAGGAAGAAGGCGGAGACCUCCUCAAAUCGGGGAUCAGUUUUCCAGGGACGCCAGAGGAGGAGCUAGACCAGCCGUACUCAUGGUCUCCCACUCCGCCCUUCAAUGAGGAAAGAUACUCUCCUGCUUCAAGGAACAUGAAAGGAUUAUCUGGCAGUUGCAAUCAACCACAGUUAUGUUCUGCUCAUACCUGUGGCUUAGCAUCCACUGAAGAAUGUGAACACACUCUUGAUCAUAUUCAUCAUGGCCAAGAUUCAAGGCAGUCAUACCUUCUCAGCCCAACCGAGAGCUGCCCGAUGGACCACCAUCGCUGCUCACCGCGAAGCUCCAUCCAUUCAGAAUGCAUGAUGAUGCCCAUGGUUAUGGGUGAUCAUAUGUCCAGUAGCACUUUUCCCAGAAUGCACUACACCUCACAUUACGAUACUAGAGACGAUUGCACCAUGUCUCAUCCUAACACUAAGGUCAACCGGAUCCCUGCAAAUCUGCUGGAUCAGUUUGAAAAGCAACUUCCUCUCCACAGGGAUGGCUUUCAUACUUUACAGUACCAGAGGACCUCAACAGCUGCUGAACAGCGUAGCGAAAGUCCAGGGAGAAUACGCCAUCUUGUUCAUUCAGUACAAAAACUUUUCACAAAAUCUCAUUCUUUGGAAGGAUCUUCCAAGAGCAAUGUGAAUGGGACAAAAGGAGAUGGCCGAGGAGAUGACCACCAUCAUGGACAUCAUUCUAAACAUGGCAAAAGAAGUAAAAGUAAAGACAGGAAACCUGAGAGUAAGCAUAAAACUGGAAUGAGCAGUUGGUGGAGUUCUGAUGAUAAUUUGGAUAGCGAUAGCACUUACCGAACACCUAGUGUUGUAAACAGGCAUCAUGUGGACCAUAUCUCUCAUUGUUACCCCGAGGCUCUUCAGGGACACUUUGGGGAUCUCUCACUAAAGACUUCAAAAAGUAACAAUGAUGUCAAAUGUUCUGCUUGUGAAGGGCUUGCAAUGGCCCCUGAUGGGAAAUACAUGAAAAGGAGUUCUUGGUCUACACUUACCGUAAGCCAGGCUAAAGAAGCUUAUCGCAAGUCAUCCCUUAACCUAGAUAAACCUCUAGUUCAUCAGGAAAUCAAACCUUCCCUGAGGCCAUGCCAUUACCUUCAGGUGCCUCAAGAUGAAUGGGGAGGGUACCCCGCUGGCGGUAAAGAUGAGGAGAUUCCCUGCAGAAGGAUGAGAAGCGGAAGUUAUAUUAAAGCCAUGGGAGAUGAGGAAAGUGGAGAUUCCGACACUAGCCCCAAAACAUCACCAAAGGUAGCGGUCCUUCCAGAGUCAUUGCUAAAAUCCAUUGGACAAAGAGUUCUCGGAGAUCACCAAAAGACGAUUUUUAGGACGAAGAGUUUGGAAAUUCAUAACAUGCCAGAAUGUAAGGAGACUCAAGGUGGCUUACAAGCUCCUUUCCCUUCCUCUCCCCACAACAGACACCUUGUGAGUCAGAGCUAUCUGCAAGCUGCAAGUGACGUGCCUGGUGGUCACAACUUGGAUCCGUCAGCAAACUACAAUUCCCCCAAGUUCCGAUCAAGGAAUCAGAGCUAUAUGAGAGCAGUGAGCACGCUCAGUCAGGCCAGCUGCAUCAGCCAGAUGAGUGAAGCAGAGGUCAAUGGGCAAUUUGAAUCUGUUUGUGAAUCAGUAUUUAGCGAAGUUGAAGCUCAGGCAAUGGAUGCCCUCGACCUUCCAGGAUGUUUCCGAACCAGAAGCCACAGUUACUUGCGUGCCAUUCAGGCAGGUUACUCCCAAGAUGACGAAUGUGUCCCUGCAAUGGCAUCUUCCAAUAUCACCUCAACAAUCAGGUCAACAACAGCUGUAACGUAUACGAGUUACAAAAAAACACCACCACCUGUACCCCCUCGUACUUCCUCUAAGCCACUAAUCUCAGUUACAGCACAGAGCAGCACAGAAUCAACGCAGGAUGCCUAUCACGAUAGCCGGACUCAGAGGAUUUCCCCAUGGCCUCAAGAUGGACGAGGGAUGUACAACUCUACAGACAGUUUGGAUAGUAACAAGGCCAUGAACCUCGCCAUGGAAACUGCAGCUGCCCAGCGCCAUGUGUCUGAGAGUCACAGUACCUCAAUACGAACCAGCGACAAGGCCAUCCUAGUGUCAAAAGCUGAAGAGUUCCUGAAGAGUCGGCGUUCCUCAAUAGGGAUUCAGGUGGAAACAGCAACGGAUUCAGAUACUGAGAGCAGAGGUCUUCGGGAAUAUCAUUCUGUUGGAGUGCAAGUUGAAGAUGAAAAACGACACGGACGGUUUAAGCGUUCAAAUAGUGUAACAGCAGCUGUUCAGGCUGACCUAGAACUUGAAGGCUUCCCAGGACACAUAACAAUGGAGGACAAGGGACUUCAGUUUGGUGGCUCUUUCCAGCGGCAUUCAGAACCUAGCACCCCUACUCAAUAUGGUGCAGUAAGAACUGUACGGACACAGGGGUUAUUUAGUUACAGAGAAGAUUAUAGGACCCAAGUAGAUACUUCUAAUCUUCCACCACCAGAACCCUGGUUGGAACCAGCCAUUGAAACAGUUGAAACAGGACGGAUGUCUCCUUGUCGGAGGGAUGGGUCUUGGUUUAUGAAGUUAUUACAUACUGAGACAAAGAGAAUGGAAGGAUGGUGUAAAGAGAUGGAGAGAGAAGCGGAAGAAAAUGAUCUUUCUGAAGAAAUUCUAGGUAAGAUCCGGAGUGCUGUAGGAAGCGCUCAGCUGCUUAUGUCUCAGAAGUUCCAGCAGUUCUAUUGGCUAUGUCAGCAGAAUCUGGAUCCCAGUGCCAUGCCACGGCCAACUUCGCAGGAUCUAGCAGGAUUCUGGGACUUGUUACAGCUGUCUAUUGAAGAUGUCAGUAUGAAGUUUGAUGAACUGCACCAGCUGAAACUGAAUGAAUGGAAAAUAAUAGAGUCACCUGAAAGAAAGGAAGAAAGAAAAGUUCCUCCUCCUGUACCAAAGAAGCCCCCAAAAGGAAAAUUCCCUAUUGCAAGAGAGAGGUCUCUAGAUCUGCCUGACAGACAACGUCAAGAAGCCCGAAGACGGCUAAUGGCCGCCAAAAGAGCAGCCUCGUUUCGGCAGAAUUCAGCUACCGAGCGCGCAGACAGCAUUGAGAUUUAUAUCCCAGAGGCUCAAACGAGGCUUUAAAGACCAGAAUGCUGCAUAGUUUCUUCUUUUUUUUCAAAGGACAAAGCAAAGCAAAAUGCUUGUACAGUUUGUCUCCUCCUGGUAAGACUUGGUCACAUUCUCUUCCCUUCCCACCGAAUGGGCCCUUGGUGUUGUGACCCUUGUGCUACCUGCACAGUGGAAUGCUUUUGAGUUCCUCAGAAUUUGCUGAGCCUGUUGCAAGAACUACAGUUCUUUUCCCAUUUUUUGUAUUUAUUACCAGACUAAACAAUCAGCUCCAGUGGAUAAGGCUUCUUGAGACCUUACUUAUCCAAUAUGUUCUCAGAGGACAACGAGAAACACCUCUUGAGAUGGAACCCAGCUUACUUUUUUGUUAUUUAUAUUUUUAUAAAUGAUGUGAUAACUAGGGUUAAGAAUAUUUAAAAAAACUUUCAAAUGGGUGCAUCUCACCAUUCACCAGAGGCAUUAGCUAAUCCAAGUAGAAGGUGCUACAAAUGUCGUGCAAGAAAGAAAGAACCCAUCUCUCCCCCACCCCACCCGACCUCCAGUUUCCUUGCUUUGUACCCAGCUAAAGUUUUUGCCCAUGUGCUCUGCUGUUUUGCUCAUCUUCGUUACUGCAAAAUAACACGAGGCCUAUCAUCUCACAUCAAGUUGAGUUUUUGGAGAUGAACAGGGAUAUCCAGCCAUGAAACUCCAAAGUUCAUCAGGAACUAACAACAACAAAAGCAUAGAAAUAUCUGGUUGUGAUGGGAACAUCUAGCCGAGUGAGAAAUAUGCAUCAUUUCAAGCAUCCAGAAAUCUGAUGGGGAAAAUAAUGCAAGAGGACUUGAUUAAUAAAAAAGAAAAGAAAAGGAAAGCCUUAAGAAUUUAGAUCUUCUGUAGCAAGAUAUGAAAAGUUCUAUUACUCCUUUGGAACACUUGUUACAUUUUCAACAAUUCUUUUAUGCUGUAGUUAUUUUGUUUACAAACAUGGAAUUUUUUUUUUAAUUUCAAAAGCUGUGCUACAUGUAAUAUUUGAAAGUCUCAAAAUGCUAGAAUCAAUUGAGUUUCCAGGGUAUCCUUUAAAAGUAAACAAAACAAAAAAACACUAACAAAAAACCUUUGCUUGUUUAAAAUACCAGUUGUGAUGUUGUAACCAGUUUAAGAAAUAUGAAUGUGAGUGGUAAGUAUAUCUCAGUUUAAAUGGUAAUCUUAAGGUAACAAAAGGUGAACUGUGGUUUACAUUUGUAAUUUUGUUCACAUUUCCUUUCCUAUGCAGUAUUAGUUAAAGAUAAGAGAAAGUCUUUUGACAGUUGUACCAGAUUUAUAGGGACAUGAUUUCAAGAGAUGUGUGAUUUCUAACUGUGGGAAAGUGCCCCCCCCCUCCCCCCGUCUUAGUUUAAUACCAAGGAAAAGUUAGGAAUAUUAUGCUUGGGCAUGAACCACACUCUUAAUAGUGUUAUUCAGCUUAUUUAUCUUUCCAAGGUUCUGAUCAUAAUUCUCUGAAAUCUUCAGAAGACAAGCACACACACACACACACACACACACACACACACACACACACACACACACACACACAAGGGUUCAGAUUGAACCACAAUAUAAAAACUGAACUGCAUUCUUGAGACAAGUUUCUGUUAUCAGUUUUAGUUGAACAAUCUGUAUUUAGCCAUAGGCUGAACAGCUUCUUAAGUGAUACUACAGCACUUUGGUUCCUCACUUUAAUGAGCACUUUAAAUAUGUACUUUGCAAGCCCUUCCUUCCACCACGCAACUGCAAAAUGCUAGACGUUAUAGGAAGUUAGGCAGAUUCAACAUGGGGGUUCUCUGCUUCCCCUCCCACCCCCCACCCCCCCUUUCCUCCAAUGUAUUUUGUUAAGCAUGCAUUCUGUUUUAGGGCAAAGCUGAUAUAAGCAUGUUUAGCUUCAAGAUAUGAAUCUUUAGAGUUGAAUGUUUGCGAAAGGAGGGGACCCUGUAAAUUGAGCCUAAUAUCUUGUGUAAAUUUUACCAAAUAGCCUUAAACUGCAUUUGGAAGCAAAAAACCAAGAGGAAUGUAUAACAUUAAAAAUGCAAAAUAAUAAUAAUAAUCCUAAAAUGUUCUUCUGUAAUGAUUAGGAUAUUCCCCUUCUCCAGUGUGUUAAUAGAAGUUCUCGGAAAGAGCCGACUACCGGGUAGUGUAUAAGAUUAAUGCUGCUUACUGUUCUGUUUUAAAUGCAAGUAUUUUUGCAGGUAUCUUUAAAGAUUAGAUUUUUUUUUCAAGCGGAGCUGCUACAUAGAAGUAACUACAUGAAAGUAAAAGAAUAGAAUAUGCAUUUCCUAGAGACAGCAGAUUUGAAACAGAUCUCCCUUUCCCUCUCUUCCCUUUCCCACCAUACCUAAUGCAGCUGAUCUGUUUUUAUCUCAUUUAAUCAAUAGGUAAGGCCAAAUCACAUUUGCUUUGCUCAUUUGUGCAGAGCAGGAACUGAUGGUCAUAAGGCAAUGUGCUGCAUUUGAUUCAUUCAUCAUAUUCCAUGCAAAAAAAGAAGAAGAAAGCAAACUUUUAUCAAGACUCCAAAUGUAA